GAGGAAGGCCGAGAGCGCUCGUGGAACGCAACUAGGCGCGCGUCCCUGAGCCGGCGUGGCGAGCGCCCUCUGGCCGGUGUCGCCGCCCGGAGUACCCUCGGGUCGCCAGGCCCGCGCCAGUCCCCGCCAUCGGAGCAGCAGCGGCACUGCGCUGGGACUGCGGCCACGACACCAGGGAACAACCAUGUCACCGUUUCUUCGAAUUGGUUUAUCCAACUUUGACUGUGGGACCUGUCAAGCUUGUCAGGGAGAGGCGGUGAACCCCUACUGUGCCGUGCUUGUCAAAGAGUAUGUGGAAUCAGAAAACGGGCAGAUGUACAUCCAGAAAAAGCCGACCAUGUACCCGCCUUGGGACAGCACCUUUGAUGCCCACAUUAACAAGGGAAGGGUGAUGCAGAUCAUCGUGAAAGGCAAAAAUGUAGACCUCAUAUCAGAAACCACCGUGGAGCUCUACUCCCUGGCAGAGAGAUGCCGCAAGAACAAUGGGCGGACAGAAAUAUGGUUAGAGCUGAAACCUCAAGGCCGAAUGCUAAUGAAUGCAAGAUACUUUCUGGAAAUGAGUGACACAAAGGACAUGAGUGAAUUUGAGAACGAAGGAUUCUUUGCACUGCAUCACCGCCGAGGCGCCAUCAAACAAGCCAAAGUCCACCACGUCAAGUGUCACGAGUUCACAGCCACCUUUUUCCCUCAACCCACGUUCUGCUCUGUCUGCCAUGAAUUUGUCUGGGGGCUGAACAAGCAGGGCUACCAGUGCCGACAAUGUAAUGCAGCGAUUCACAAGAAGUGCAUCGAUAAAGUGAUAGCCAAGUGCACAGGAUCGGCGAUCAAUAGUCGAGAGACCAUGUUCCACAAGGAGAGAUUCAAGAUCGACAUGCCACACAGAUUCAAAGUCUACAACUACAAGAGUCCAACCUUCUGUGAGCACUGUGGUACCCUGCUAUGGGGGCUGGCGAGGCAAGGUCUCAAGUGUGAUGCAUGUGGCAUGAACGUCCACCACCGAUGCCAGACAAAGGUUGCCAACCUCUGUGGUAUAAACCAGAAGCUAAUGGCUGAAGCGCUAGCAAUGAUUGAAAGCACUCAACAGGCUCGCACCUUAAGAGAUUCAGAACACAUCUUCCGAGAAGGACCAAUUGAAAUCAGUUUCCCGCGCUCCAUCAAAAGUGAAACCAGGCCACCAUGCGUACCAACACCUGGGAAAAAAGAACCCCAGGGAAUUUGCUGGGAGUCCCCUUUGGAUGGGGCAGAUAAAACGGCCCAGCCUCCUGAACCUGAAGUGAACUUGCAAAGGGCUUCUCUGCAACUGAAACUGAAGAUCGAUGACUUCAUCCUGCACAAGAUGCUGGGGAAAGGAAGUUUUGGCAAGGUCUUCCUGGCAGAGUUCAAGAGAACCAAACAGUUUUUCGCAAUAAAAGCCUUAAAGAAAGAUGUGGUGUUGAUGGACGAUGACGUCGAGUGCACGAUGGUGGAGAAGAGAGUUCUGUCCUUGGCCUGGGAGCAUCCGUUUCUUACACACAUGUUCUGCACAUUCCAGACCAAGGAAAAUCUCUUUUUCGUGAUGGAGUAUCUCAAUGGAGGAGACUUAAUGUACCACAUCCAAAGUUGCCACAAAUUUGAUCUUUCCAGAGCCACGUUUUAUGCUGCUGAGAUCAUCCUUGGUCUACAGUUCCUUCAUUCCAAAGGAAUUGUCUACAGGGACCUGAAGCUAGAUAAUAUCCUGUUAGACAGAGAUGGCCAUAUCAAAAUAGCAGACUUUGGGAUGUGCAAAGAGAAUAUGCUGGGAGAUGCGAAGACAAAUACUUUCUGUGGGACGCCUGACUACAUCGCUCCGGAGAUCUUGCUGGGUCAGAAAUACAACCAUUCCGUUGACUGGUGGUCCUUUGGGGUUCUUCUUUACGAGAUGCUGAUUGGCCAGUCGCCUUUCCACGGGCAGGACGAAGAGGAGCUUUUCCACUCCAUCCGCAUGGACAAUCCCUUUUACCCAAGGUGGCUAGAAAGGGAGGCCAAGGAUCUUCUAGUGAAGCUUUUUGUGAGAGAGCCUGAAAAGAGGCUGGGAGUGAGAGGAGACAUCCGCCAGCAUCCUUUGUUUCGAGAGAUCAACUGGGAAGAGCUUGAGAGAAAAGAGAUUGACCCACCCUUCAGACCAAAAGUGAAAUCACCAUAUGACUGUAGCAAUUUCGACAAGGAAUUCCUAAGUGAGAAACCCCGGCUAUCGUUCGCUGACAGAGCACUCAUCAACAGCAUGGACCAGAACAUGUUCAGCAACUUCUCCUUCAUUAACCCGGGGAUGGAGACUCUCAUUUGCUCCUGAACCUCAUCCCUCUUCCCCAGACUGGAAGAAAUUCGCCUUCUCUCUGGGAACUGGUUCAAGUAACACUUCUGGGGGUCUCUUUUUCACGUUGGAGAAGAGAAGAAACACUCAACCUCGAAAGCAGGGAGGACCGCUGAGCUCCUCGAGGGACACGCAGCACAAACCAUGUCUCCUUCACUAAUGGCAUCAUCCUGUUAUAUCUCCUGGAAUCUCUCUCACCGCAGCCCUAGAAGUUAGACCAUUGUUAACUCUAGUCAUUUACUUGAAAGAUGGUUCCCGAUCCUGCGAACGAUUCGAAAUGUAAUUCUGCUCUUGUCGUUGACAAGAGCUGCUGGUUGGUGACGAACCAAGGUGCAAGUGGAACAGAUUUCUCAAGACCGGGAGGGCAGAUUGCCUGUCAUGGAAGUCGAUUCCACUCAACCACAGAGAAGGACCCACUAACCCGCAUCGUCCUGCGCAUGUCUGUGGAAAUGUCGAUGGCAGAAGGGAGGGAAAGGGAUGUGAUGGGAUGUUCUCCAAUAAACUUAGCGUGAAACUUGAGAUUUACAAACCCGUUCGUUCUGGCCAGCCCUGAAAUUCACAAGGCAGCGGAAAGUAAGGGGUGAGGUGCAGAGCCUUUGUCACCAACAGGAAGGGUAAGGAUGUUUCGGAUGUGGUGCAUCUCAUUCCCACAGAAGUAAAGUCCAACCAACGAAGGCAGGGCAGUUUACUGCUGCCAAUCAAACCUUCUCUUCCCUCUUGUUCUGGCUGAUUUCUCUGUCAGCGUCGGCAUUCGUCAUCGUCCUCCCGUUGCACAAGAAAUGAAGUACAUGACUCUUGUGAGAGAAAGAAAACCAAUCCCAUAUCAUGUUGCUCCUGGUGAUUCGGUGACAAAUAAGUCCCUCUUUAGGCAUCCUGCAAGACAAACGACCCACGCAUGCUAUUUCCACUAGUCAGCCCUGUUGAGUUGGAGUACUAAUUAGACACUUAGAGUCUCGCGUGCUGUUUGUAUAUUUUGAUGGGAUGUUGUGAUGAUGACGUACGUGGACGUGUAAAACGGAAUAAAAGAAGAAAAGAAAGAUG